GUAGGUUCAUGACUCUGUUGCGAGAGGAAAGGUCCCGAUUCCAACAUUUUCACUUGGAAGAGCUUAGGUACUAAUGAACUUGGAACUCUCAACGAUCUUAUGUUCUUCCAAUAUUUGAAGUUUACUCGAUAUUUUGUGAUUUGUGGAAAUUUCAAAUUUUUGUCAGAUAUUGAAGUAGUCUUUGCAGAACGUUCGUGCUGAACCAUCUACACCAAAUGUGACUCCUGUUGCUAGCUGCUGAUUACUUUACGAGAAUGGAAGAACGAAAAAAAUCUGGAAAUGAGAUACGAACACAUUUGGAAUGAAAGAAUGAAACAGAUCUCUGGCUAAAGUUCUUCCGCCUAAUUGACUGUGAGUCACAGUUUCAACCGAUGAGAAUUAACCAGCUUUUCUUCUUUGUGUCUUUGGGUUGGUUGAUGGGAUGUAUUUCAUCAAAACUACCGUUCAGGUUCACUGCAUGGGGAAGCCCAGUGUCGUACGAUAAAAGUUCUGCAGACUUAAGUUUCAACUGAAUGGUCACAUUAACUAGUGGCAUGUUACAUUAAGUUUAAACAUGAUGGUAGUCAUAAAGAAAAAGAUGUAGUAACAUGUUUGUGUUUGUAGGUUUGGGUGCAGUAUAGUCAAUUUUUUAUUGUGUUGCAGUAAGCAUUCCAAUUUGACAAGAGAUAGAUGAGUCAAAAUAUCAAUUUUUCUUCUAAUUGAUUAAUGUAUAACAUUGUCUGCGGUUGAAGUAUUAGUAUUUGACAGUGAAAAGUAUGACCUGUUAUGGGAAUUCAUACCUCACUUAUUGAUAGUAGGCUACAUUGUCCUUGAUUUGGGUUUCCUCUCCUUUCGUUUCCUUUAAGCUCUGAUGAAAAUCUAUGUUUUCCUUACCUGCAGGAUAUUAUGGACAUUCAAGAAGCAGAUGAUGUAUGUAUAGUUUAUGUGUUUGGUAUUUGAAUGAUGACUGACAACUAUGCUUUCUCAUUUUUUAUCCUCCCGUUAAAUACACUAUGACGUCUAUGAAUGUAACCUAGCCUGUAAUGUCCUUAGUUGUUCAAUCAGUUUCAAAAGACUAUGCGGGACAAGUGAGUGAUUCCUGAUGGAAUUGGGUUCAUGUUCUCUGACUUUGCUCUGGGAAUUAGGCUAAAAUGCUUCCUUUUUCUUUUUCCAUUCUACAAUUUUCGAUCGCUUUGAACCCCUUUCAGAGAGAGGAUCCCACUUUGCGUGUUGGAUUGGGUCAGGUUUGUGUCAUAAGUCAUAACGCUUGCUUGAUUCAUUAUUUUAGGAGAGUAGUACUUAGAAUGUACUUGAAUGAAUUCAGAGAGAAUACAAGGUUUGACAUUCAAUUGUUUUCUCCUCGUAUUUCCUUCUUUAGAUGGUAUUCAGAAGUAUGCUCCUUUCCAAUAUGUGUUUCUUGAAGCUUGCUCAUGAUUUGCUCAACCUCACCGAGCUCGAGGCAGGAAGGACGCAAAAUUACUCCCAAUCGAAGGCCAUUGAGACAGCCACCACGAUGCAUCUCUGUCAAUUUCUUCAACAAAGAAGGCAAUCUGAAACUACAGAUACAUAUCGAGUUCGAUCGAUCCCUUUAUCUCCAAAAUGCCUUCGGAAGGACGUAUUGAUUCGAUUCUUUUUUAUUUACUUUGCAGCCAGUACCUCGCUCUUUUCCUCAAGCGACAGAUUCUGCACAUAUCAGGAGUAGCAGUAGCAACACAGCAACAACUGCAGAAAAUACAGCAUCAAUCGAGUAUGAGCAAGCUACCACAAGUAGAGAAAUCACUUAUGUUCAUGUUUUUCACUGUGAUAAGUGAGAUAAGUACAUCACAUGCUUAGUAGAAAUUUCCUAUCGGAGUUGGUUUGGCGAAGUAUGUUAUAUGGUAAGAGUUGUUCGGAUGGAAAAGCUCAUGAGUUUAGACUUUUAGAUUUCUGGAUUAUUUAUGUUAAUUUGCUUUCGAGUGUCUCUUUUGGAAAACGACUAUAAAGAGAGUUGAAACUGAAAGCUGCAGAUGAUGUUGUUGUUGAUGUCGUGUGAGCAGACAAAGUAAGGUGUUCCAAACAUAUGUUGUGUCGUCGUUGAUAUGCUGAUGUUGCUGUUGUUAUAUUGCUAACUUUUCUGUAGCUAUUGUUGUACCAUGUCUUCCUUGAAUACUUUCAAGGGAUGCCACUGCUACAUGGAAUGCAUAGAAAAUGAAAUGGUUAGAUAUAUAGUUGAACGAUACCAAUGUCAAGUGGUUCUAUUUGGUGGCAAUAUGACUUCCUUCUUUGUAUUAGCCCAAGUUUUAGGGUGCCUAUCAAUCCUUUUCCGUACAAUAUUAGUAUUCUUUUAUAUAUAAUAAAGUCUUAACAAUUUUUGUUUUUGUUUUCGUUAUACAGUUUUAAAAGAUAUUUUUUUAUUGGAUGUCCCGAAAGGAUUAAAAGAUACUAAACACAGUUAAACAUGAAAUUGCAACAUCCUCCCUGUGGCAUAGCCGCAGAUAUUGUUUCUAGUACAGUAUAACAAAGCUUGCAACUACACUCUCAAACAGUUGCACAAAUCACUCUUAACUCUGAAGAAACGGAAAGUAUCCUGAUCUAUUUAGAGACUCCUAAAACUCAGAGCUACACAUAAGCUGCACUUCUUGCUUGAUUUGGCAGAAAACAUCCUCCGCCACUCUACUUAUCUCCUGGAAAAUUCUAUUGCACCUUUCCUUUCAUACCACAACUACGUACCAAUUCCACAGAACUCCAAUCAUGCUGCUUUGCUUGUUUAAUCUACAGAGAGUAUAUACCAUUUCAUCCCAUUGAGUAGGCCACACUAUAGUCAAGAAAAUUUUGUUCAUAAAUUCGUUUGAGAAUGAACAGAACAAGUGCUCCCUAGUCUCUGGUGCUUGCUGGCAGAAAGGACAGAGAUCACAAUCAAUGUAUCCCCAUUCUUUUAAUUAGGAACAAGUCUUGAUUUUGUGCAAAAGCACAAACCAGGUUACGACUCUGUACUUAGGAACCACAAAUUUCCCCCAUAUUGCCUUGCUCCAUUCAACCUUUGGCUGCGUAGGUCUGAUGGUUUUAAUAAUAAAUUUUUGCAAUUUCUUGCCUUCCCAGCUCACUGAACCAUUUUCUUCCUGUUGCAUUCAAACCUGAAACUAUGGCCUCAGCCAUAACAGUUUUCUCCAUAGCCAAGAACCAGAUUGUGAUUCAUUCAUUUCCCAAAUAGAGUGCCCUUUCGGUGUGUGCCUGCAUAUCCACGCUACCCAGAAAGAUCCUCAUUGCAUCAUCAACAUCCAAAUCAUCCUUGCAACAUAGGCAAUGUUCCAGGAAUAGAGAUCUCUUAGACCAAGACCCCCUUCUCUUUUAGGCAAUAAAAUCAGCUCUCGGUACACUUUGGCUCUCCCUAUACCUUCACCGUACUAAAGGAAGUCUUAGCAAAUUUUCUAGAUGCUCUGAAUGAAUGUCUUUGGCAAGACAUAGAUUGGCAUCCAGUAUCGAGUCACAGACAAUAUAACAAAGAAGAUUAAUUGAA